AUUGAUUACUCGCCCAAUCUGAGAUUGAAAUAAAUCACUGGUCGGCUUCUUUUGGGGCUCCCCUCCAUUUGGCUGCUCAUCGAAAGCAACUGGGCAGUGUGACGGCUCUGUUAGAUCGCGGUGGUGACCCUAACCUCAUCUCUUCGUGUAAUAUGUACCCGACCCCGUUGAUUUCCGCGUUACUGUCAAACAAGGUCAAGCGUGACGAUGUAGUCGAUGAGGUGGUUCGAACGCUCGUCCUAUCGGGGGCUAAUGUUCGGAUGACAGUCCCGUCGACAUUCUACAAUGCUCUGGCGACCGCCUGUUACGGCGCGAAUCCAGGAACCAUCAACUUCUUUAUCGACAGAGGCGGAUUCCCCAACUUUGCAGAUCCCAUUUCAGGAAUACUACCCAUUCAUUUUGCCGCUGCAAGUGGGAUUGCCAAUUUCCAGACUAUCUUUCUCCCAUACCGGGGUGAUAUGAUGGCAACUGACAAUCACGCGAAGAAUUGUCUCCACUGGGCAGCCCAGUUUGGCAAUUCCCGCACUGUCGAUUAUAUCUUGUCUCGAUGGCAAUCACAGCCCAAUCGGAGCCGGGCCGUGGCACGGGCCGAAAUCGAUGGAUGGACGCCGCUUUGCUGGGCUGUCUGUCCUCUUGAAAGUGGAAUUUGUUAUCCGAUGCGUUCUGAGCGCAAGGACCAUGUCAAAACUGUCCGCAUAUUAUUGCAACAUGGGGCGAGCCCUACGACGGAAUUUCAUCGAGGCGAAGAGAUACUGACGCCGUUGGACCUAGCCCAGCGGUGCGAUGCCGGAAACAAGAUCAUUUCUCUUCUCCGAGAGCACUUGGAUCCCGAAUCCCAGUCGUUCUCAGAACCUAUAUCUAAGCAUAUACGAAAAUACACGACGCACCACGGGAUAUGCAAUCUUUGCCUAAAUUGCAUCGUUGGGAAAUUAUAUACCUGCAGCGCCUGUCCCGACUAUGACCUCUGUAGCAAGUGCUACCCUGUCGCGGACAGUCUUCAUAACCAGGACAUUUUGAAAGACACCAGGUCCAUACCUUCAGCUUAAUGCCUGACAUGGCUGAGUACCAAAGGCCAAAUGCUUCGUCAGAUAACAAAGCUCCUGACAUGGAGGGAGGCACAUUGGAGUCCCAUAACCCAGUGGCUGCAGAAAGGGCACUGUAUGAGAGCCAACUGGAUGCAUUGGAUUCGGGAUGGGGGAAUUUGGAGGAGUUGGAGGAAAUGCCUCUGGAUAGUGAUGAUGAAUGGUGACUCCCAACGCCAUGGCAGGCACUUAUGUGCAGGAACAUUGAUUUCUCUUCACACGUACUUGAUUUUCUAGGACACCUUGAACACUCCCCCUUUCCAUUUUAGUGCCCACCCCUCGCUGUUUUUGGCUCACUGAGCAGAUCUGAGCACGCCCUGAGCUGAUCACUGAGCAGG